AGGCAGUGGAUCCAAUGCAAGCAAUUGCGUCUUCUGAAAACAUGAGCGUGUCAGUCACAUUCUUCAGACUGUUUCGGGUCAUGCGCCUAGUGAAACUUUUGAAUCGCUCUGAAGGGAUUCGGAAUCUUCUGUGGACCUUCAUCAAAUCCCUUCAGGCUCUCCCCUAUGUGGGCCUGCUCAUUCUCAUGCUAUUCUUUAUAUACGCUGUGGUUGGAAUGCAGAUAUUUGGAAAAAUUGCGUUGGUUGACGGCACAUACAUCAACAGGAACAACAAUUUCCAGACCUUUCCUCAGGCUGUGCUGCUGUUAUUCAGAUGUGCGACAGGGGAGGCUUGGCAUGAAGUGAUGUUAGCAUGUAUGUACGAGAAGAAGUGCGACCCCAAGUCUGAUUACCUGCCCGGGGAGGAGUACACAUGUGGAUCAAACUUUGCCAUCAUCUACUUCAUGAGUUUCUACAUGCUGUGUGCCUUUCUGUCUCCUACUACCGGCCACUAA